CUGUUCCCUGCGAAAAAAAGACUUGACGUACGUUUGACGUUUACACUCUUUCUUGUUAAACUUUGUGUCCAACAUGGCUCGUGGACCUAAAAAGCAUUUGAAGCGUUUAAACGCUCCUAAAGCAUGGAUGUUGGACAAAUUGGGAGGUGUGUACGCACCUCGUCCAUCCACUGGACCUCACAAACUCCGCGAGUGUCUGCCGCUAGUGAUUUUCCUCCGUAACCGUCUAAAGUACGCGCUUACCGGCAAUGAGGUGCUCAAAAUUGUGAAGCAGCGUUUGAUUAAAGUUGAUGGCAAAGUCCGAACUGAUCCUACUUAUCCAGCUGGUUUCAUGGAUGUUGUAUCAAUUGAGAAGACCAAUGAAUUAUUCCGAUUGAUCUAUGAUGUUAAGGGCCGUUUUAUUAUUCAUCGUAUUACACCCGAGGAAGCUAAGUACAAGCUGUGCAAGGUUCGUGCUGUAGGCACUGGCCCUAAGAAUGUACCUUACCUAGUGACGCACGACGGUCGCACAUUGCGCUACCCUGAUCCUCUAAUUAAGGUGAACGACUCUAUCCAGCUGGACAUUGCCACCGCUAAAAUCAUGGACUUCAUCAAGUUUGAGUCAGGUAACUUGUGCAUGAUCACGGGAGGUCGUAACUUGGGGCGAGUGGGCACUAUCGUGUCACGCGAGAGGCACCCUGGUUCCUUUGACAUUGUACACAUCAAGGACUCCACGGGACACACCUUUGCCACUAGGCUCAACAACGUGUUCAUCAUCGGUAAGGGCACGAAGGCGUACAUUUCUCUGCCCCGCGGCAAGGGUGUGCGUCUUACUAUCGCUGAGGAACGCGACAAGCGUAUCGCCGCCAAGGUCGCUGCGCACUAGCCUUAGCUCUAAUAUUAAAUAUUAAAAUCUA